CUGACUUCCUAUUUGUGUAUCUAGAGCCAAGGUCUGUGGGAGCUGUACGCAGACAUGGAGCUGAAAAUGAUCUUUGUUCUGGCAGCCAUGGAGAGCCAUCGCAUCCAUGUGGACAAAGAAGCUCUUAGGAGAACUUCAGACCUACUCGGGACGAAGAUGAAGCAGUUGGAGCAAGAGGCCCACCGAGCAGCAGGACAGAUAUUCCUGGUCACCAGCAACUCUCAACUUCGAACAGUCCUGUUUGAGAAGCUUUGCCUCCACGAGCGCUGCGAGAACAAGAAACUUCCUAAGACCAUCAACAAACAGCAGCAGUCAACAUCAGAAGCUGCAUUGUUGCAGCUCCAGGACCUGCACCCUCUGCCAAAGAUCAUUCUCGAGUACAGACAGAUUCACAAAAUCAAGUCCACUUUUGUUGAUGGGAUUCUCUCCUGCAUGAUGAGCAAGAACUACGUUUCCUCUACGUGGUACCAGACAAGUGUGGUGACAGGGAGAAUCUCAGCCAAGCACCCAAACUUCCAGGCCCUGCCAAGACAGCCACUUCAAAUCACCAAGAAGCAGUACAUCCAAGGAAAGGAGGAAGAAGUGGUGACUGUUCAUCCUCGGGCAAUGUUUAUUCCUCAGGAGGGGUGGACUUUUCUCGCAGCAGACUUCUGCCAGGUGGAGCUGCGUCUACUGGCUCACCUCUCCUCUGACCCUGAGCUGCUCCGCAUUUUCAUCAACCCGCAAGCAGACGUCUUUACCAUGUUGGCCUCUCAGUGGAAGGGAGUGAGUGCGGGUGAGGUGACUUUUGAGGAUCGGGAACAUGCCAAACGCAUUGUCUACUCUGUUGUGUAUGGCGCAGGUCGUGAGCGUCUAUCAGGGAUCCUCGGGGUGAGCGCUGAGCAGGCAGACCUACAGAGAAGUCCAGGCCUUCAUCCAGAGGACCAUCCAGCAGUGUCACAAACAAGCUGUACUCUGACUCCAGGAGCAGAGAUUAAUGCAUGCCUGGGCUCCACGUCCACUCUGCACUGCUCUGAGUUCAUAGUUGAUUGGUAUCUGAUACAGCGAUAUUUUGUUCAGAACUUGCUGGAUGCUGGCAGGCUGAGCAGAGAUGAUGGUUAUGUGCUCUCCAUCAUGGGUCGUCGACGGACCCUCCCUAACAUCAACUCCAAUGACUGGGGCAUCCGCAUGCAGGCUGAGAGGCAAGCUGUCAACUUUGUGGUCCAAGGUUCUGCUGCGGAUCUCUGUAAGAUGGCCAUGAUCAGAAUCUUUAACCUGGUCUCCUCCUCCAACUCACUUUCUGCCAGGCUGGUGGCACAGCUCCACGAUGAGCUGCUGUACGAAGUGGAGGACUCCCAGGUGGAACAGUUUGCAGCACUGGUGAGGAGCACCAUGGAGUCCCUUCAGCACAUAGACCAUCUGGGAGUCCAUCUUAAGGUCCCCCUGAAGGUGGCAGUCUCCAGUGGCAAGUCUUGGGGAUCCAUGUCUGAGCUUAACAUCCCUCCAGCGUCUCCUUCUCUCUGA